UUUUCUUUCCCUCUUACAAUUUUUCUGCAAUACGGGUUUUCCAACGCCAACCAGAAUUUGGGCGGGAAAUAAUUUUAGGUUAUUUAUUCUAAAAAAUUCACAAUUUACAAAUACUCAAAGCAGAAAUCAAAGAAAUGGACGUUGAACAAGUCAAAAAGAAGUUGCACACGGCGUUAAAAUUCGGCGGAUUUAAUAUUCGGAGGGAGUUUUGUGGCAAAAUUGUAGCCAAAUUUCUCAGAGAAGGUAUCGAUUUAGAAAACAAACACCAUUUUGAUAAUUGUGUUAAAAAUCUGUGCUCCAGUUUAGAAAACCAGUGCCUUCUGGGGCACAGUAUCGAAAAGGAGCACAUAGACAGGGCUUUGGAGGUUUGCCUGAAGUCUGGUUACGACAGGAAUGAAACAAUUUUCAGUGUUAUAAACGCUUUCGAUUUUCCAAAAGUUUCAUACAAUCUUGAUAGAAAACAGUAUUAUUUAACCGAAAAUAAGCCCCGACUUUUGUCUUCUGCGGAUUCCAAGGCACAGCUUUUUGCCGACAGAUAUGCCACGAUUUUACACAGGACCAAAAGAAAUUUUAUACAGAAAGCAACAGAAAACACGAAUAUUAAAUUAGAAUUGCAAACUGUUGAUUAUUUGUUAACACUUUCGAAUGUCUCACUGAACCAUACUCUGGUAUUAGGCUCGUUAUUGCAAGUGUCUGAAGGCAAAUAUUACUUAGAGGACCCCACGGGAAUCGUCCAACUGGACUUAAGCCACGCUGUUUACUAUGGGGGCUUAUUUGCCGAAAACUGUUUUGUGUUAGUUAACGGACAUUACGAAGACAAGAUAAUCAAAGUCUCCACGUUAAUUCUACCCCCAGGGGAGGAAUACGCCAAUUCGCGCCCCUUUUUCAACACGAUAAAUUAUUUCGGGGGCCCAUCUCCAACACCCCUCAAAGACUCCGUAAAAUUACGCGAUCACUUACAACGAAAUCGCGGCGCUUCGUUCAUGUUUUUCUCAAAUGUUUGGCUUGACCACCCUAGUAUUUUUGAAAAACUUGAAUUGCUGUUUGAGGGUUUCAACCCCAGCCCGCCUGCGGCGUUCGUUUUCAUGGGGAAUUUCAUGUCAGAGUCUUGCAGCAGCAAUAAGAUGGACACUUUGAGGAAACUUUUCAAACAACUAGCUGAAUUAAUUAACAAAUACGAGAAUUUGGCCACUGUUACGAAUUUUAUUUUCGUGCCGGGUUUGGAGGAUCCAUGCACUUCAUACGUCGUGCCAAGACUGCCGAUUCCGUCAUGCAUAACUGAAGAUAUGACGAAAAUGGUGAAAAAGGCAGUUUUUACGUCUAAUCCGUGCCGUUUGCAAUAUUGCAAUAAGGAAAUUACGAUUUUUAGGGCCGAUGUUCUCCCAAAAUUGCUACAAGCGUCAUUGCAUAAACCGAAAAAGAGCGAAUUGUCCGAAAAUCUGACCAGGACUAUAAUAAGUCAAGGGCAUUUGUCGCCCUUGCCCUUAAACGCUUUGACAGUUCAUUGGGAUUUUGAUUACACUCUAAGUUUAAAUCCUCUCCCUGAUUUAGUAGUGAUAGGAGACAAGGCCGAACCUUACGAAGGGAAAUACAAAGGGUGCCAACUUAUAAACCCUGGUUCGUUUUGUGAGAGCGGGUUCCAGUUCAAGGCGUACAAUCCUGCAACAGACAAAAUCGAGGAAUGUCUACUGUGAAAGCCUUAAAAUAGCAUAUAAAUUUAUUAGUUAGGUCUCAAACAUAAUCUAGAUUGUACACUUGAAAAUUACUUGUACACUAUUUACAUUCACAUUAAAAUAGUCGCCUCGGCGAUAAAUGAAUUAAAUAACCUAUUGUAAUACCGCCUAAAUCAAUACGUAUUAAAGAAUUUCAAUUUGACUUGAA